CAUGGAUUCUGGGGAUGCUAUUGACAAUAAUUCUACCCUUUCUAAAGCACAAAUGGGGGCCAUUACUGAAAUUGACAAGAGAAAUCGAAACUGCAGCAGAGGCAACAGAGCAUGUGACGGAGAUGGUGGAAAAGGUGGCGGAGGAGGUGGAGAAGGUGACGGAGGAGGUGGUGGAUGAACUCCCGGAAGGCGGAAAACUCAAGAAAGCUGUUGCUUUUGUGGAAAAUGUGGCCAAGGAAACAGCUAAGGAUGCUCAUCUAGCACAAGACAUCAUUGAGAAGGUUGAAGAAACCGCCAAAGAAAUGGAUUCAUUCCUUGAACCAGCAGAUGCCAAUGGGAUUUCCAAAGAAGCAAGUGAUGAAAAAUAGUACUCUAAGUGCAUUGUUUAAGUUAUGGGUCAAUGUAAAACUCCAUUUUCCAUUCUUUUUCUUUUUUUUUUAUCAGAUCUUGCAUUUUGUAAAAUACAGUUUAGGAUGA